AUGGAAGAAGAAGCUUCGAACGCAGCGUUGCCAGAUGGCUUCCUCGAUUUUCUGAAAGAGAAUGGUUUAGACCCUUCCAUUUAUGCGGAGAGCCAUUCGACCCCUCGUUACAUAAGGCUAAAGCCUGGUUGCGAAGCUCAAAUUGAAGAAAUUGAAGGUGAAAUUAAGUGCAAGCUUGAAAAAGUGGAUUGGCUGCCUGGCUUUUAUGCUCUUCCUCCUGACGUUCAAAUCGCUAACUCAAAUGCAUACAGAGAGGGGAAGAUGUAUGGAAUCGAUGCGGCGUCUGGAGCUGCUGUUUCAGCAUUGAAUAUCUCAGCUGGAGAUCAUGUUCUUGAUCUUUGUGCUGCUCCUGGUGCUAAGCUUUGUCUGAUAUUGGACAUUCUUGGUGAUUCUGGUUCUGUAACUGGUGUUGAUGUUUCAAGCCAUCGUUUAGCGGCUUGUAGGACAAUGUUGCAGAAAUAUGCAUUGGGCAAUCACUGCCGACUAUUUGUUGCUGAUGGGACAACCUUUUCCCUCGUGCCCAUGAGAAUUCAUUCCGAUCCAAAAUCAUGUGAAUCUGCUUUGGAAGAAAAUGUGACAUUCAAGGAGUGGACAUCUCGGAGACCAUGGAAAGAAAGGAAAAAAGCAGCUAGGGUAAGAAAAAGUGGGGCUGUGCAUUCAGGAAAUCAACUUCCAGAGCUCAUUUAUUAUGGUCGCCACUCUGGUGUGGUUGGACUGAAUAAAAGUGAAUUGUACCAAACAUUUCGUGACAGCGAGCUUAUGAGCUGUGGCUAUGACAAGGUACUAGUGGAUGCAGAAUGCACUCAUGAUGGAUCAAUUAAACAUGUCCAAAAGUUUGAACAUUGGGGAUGGGAAACUCUUCAACGACGUGUAUUGGAUGCAGAGAGAAGUGAUAGCCUCACUGUGCUUCAGUUAAAGCUCCUAACCAACGGUUUUAGAUUGCUAAAAGCUGGGGGACUUCUUGUUUAUAGCACUUGCAGCUUGACAGUUGCUCAAAAUGAAGACGUCAUAAAGCAGUUUCUUGAGGAAAAUCCGUUUGCUGAGUUGCAGGCGAUAGAUGGUGCUGAAAAUUGGCCAAGCAAGAACGGACAACUACCAAAUACCCUGCGCUUUGACCCCUUGACUUCAAAAACUAUUCACAGCAACAAGAUCGAUGGCUCCGCUUCACGACCGCCGCCGGCGGAUGAGUUUUCUGGCCACGAGAACUCUCCGAUCGAGCAAGUCGCCCUCACGGUUCCGGUCACCGACGAUCCCUCUCUCCCGACCGUCACUUUCCGGACUUGGACGCUCGGAGCCUUCGCGUGCGUUCUACUUUCAUUCCUCAACCAGUUCUUCUGGUACCGCCGGGAGCCUCUCUCCCUCACCUCGAUCUCGGCUCAGAUCGCGGUGGUCCCGCUCGGCCGCCUCAUGGCAUCGCUGAUUACGAAACGUGUUUUCUUCAAGGGGCAAAAAUGGGAAUUCACGCUCAACCCGGGCCCCUUCAAUGUCAAGGAGCACGUGCUCAUCACCAUUUUCGCCAACUCCGGGGCUGGCAACGUCUACGCCAUUCAUAUAGUGAGCACUGUAAAGCUUUUUUACAAGAAGAACCUGUCGUUUUUUGUUGCACUGCUUGUCGUUUUGACUACCCAGGUGCUCGGGUUCGGCUGGGCCGGGUUGUUCCGCCGUUACUUGGUUGAGCCCGCCGCUAUGUGGUGGCCUCAAAACCUCGUUCAGGUCUCGCUAUUCAGGGCACUGCAUGAGAAAGAGAAGAGGCCAAGGGGUGGGCUAACAAGGAACCAGUUCUUCCUCAUUGCUUUCACUUGCAGCUUUGCUUACUAUGUCCUUCCAGGCUACCUCUUCCCAAUGUUGACUUCCCUUUCCUGGAUUUGCUGGAUAUUCCCUACUUCCAUCCUUGCUCAUCAGCUAGGUUCAGGGCUGCAUGGUCUCGGCAUUGGCGCAAUCGGGCUUGAUUGGUCCAGUAUAUCCUCUUAUCUUGGGAGCCCGCUCGCCAGUCCAUGGUUUGCUACGGCCAACAUUGCUGCUGGUUUUUUCCUCGUGUUGUAUGUCAUAACUCCUCUGGCUUAUUGGCUCAAUUUAUAUAAUGCCAAAACUUUUCCCAUAGUCUCGGAUGGUCUGUUCACAUCUACUGGCCAGAGCUACAACAUAUCAGCUAUAAUAGACCCCAACUUCCGCCUUGACAUUGAUGCAUAUGAGCGAGAGGGCGCUCUCCAUAUCAGCACCUUCUUUGCUAUCUACUAUGGUAUUAAUUUUGCCUGCCUUACUGCCACUAUUGUUCAUGUUCUCCUUUUCAAUGGGAGAGACAUCUGGCAGCUAAGCACGUCUGCCUUCCGCGAGAAGAAGAUGGAUGUGCACACGAAGCUCAUGAGAAAAUAUAAGCAAGUUCCUGGAUGGUGGUUCAUGUGCAUCCUGGUGGCUAACAUAGUAGCGACCAUAUUUACAUGCCAUUAUUACAACCAUCAACUUCAAUUGAAAUGGUGGGGGGUCUUGCUUGCUUGUGGUCUAGCCUUGUUUUUCACUCUUCCUAUUGGAGUCAUUGCUGCCACAACAAAUCAGAAACCAGCGUUGAAUGUGAUCACAGAGUACAUUAUCGGGUAUCUGUAUCCCGGAUAUCCAGUUGCUAACGUAUGCUUUAAAGUUUAUGGAUACAUAAGCAUGAAGCAGGGGAUCGCUUUUCUGGAAGACUUCAAGCUUGGGCACUACAUGAAGAUUCCUCCAAGAGCAAUGUUCAUGGCACAGGUAGUUGGUACUAUUAUAGCAGCAUUCGUCCAUUUAGGAACUGCAUGGUGGCUUAUGAACACAAUCCCAGACAUAUGCGACAGGGCAUUACUACCAGCAGACAGUCCAUGGACUUGCCCCGGUGAUCAUGUCUUCUAUGAUGCUUCUGUUAUUUGGGGGCUUGUUGGGCCUCGAAGAAUCUUCGGGGAUCUCGGCCAUUAUUCUGCCAUCAACUGGUUUUUCUUAGCUGGGGCUAUAGCUCCUGUCCUAGUUUGGCUUGCACACAAGGCCUUCCCAAGAAAACAUUGGAUUAAACUUAUCACCAUGCCUGUGCUCUUAGGAGCAACAGUUAACAUGCCUCCGGCUACUGCUGUCAACUUCACCAGCUGGGUUCUCAUUGGAUUCGCCUCAGGCUUUAUUGCUUACAGGUAUUAUCGUGGCUUGUGGAGCCGCCACAACUAUGUUCUAUCCGGAGCUCUAGAUGCUGGAUUAGCUUUCAUGGCGGUAAUUUUGUACUUGUGUCUGGGGAUGGAACAUGUUAGCUUUAAGUGGUGGGGAAGUAGCCCAGAUGGUUGUCCCUUGGCUUCUUCCUCAACAGCAUGA